AGUUGAAUUUGUGCAGUGGUGCCGAUAGUUUGUUAGUUUCGGGUCUUAUUCAGUUCGAGAACGUACAAAAAAACACACCUUAGUUGAACAACAAUAACAACAACUUGCGCUACAUAUAAUAAAUGUGACUUUUGGCGCGGCACCUGAAACACCAGUGCAUACACUGUUCUAUGUAAUUGUUUCGCGGAAAACAAAUUCAAUGAAAUAAAAUUAAAACUAAAAACAAAAUACUUAAGGAGAAUUCAAAUAAUUUUAAAAUAAAAUAACUAAUUACAUAUAAUAAAUAUAAAUUUCGAAAGUUAACAGUGAAAAGACAAUUCCAAAAUGUCUAACACAGAGAAGAGGGGCAUCAAUAGAUGCAGAGAUAUACUAUCAUGCCGUCAAGUACUCAAUAUACUCACCAUGCUUGGCUUCAUGUUGAACUAUGCAUUGCGCGUGAAUCUGACAAUAGCUAUUGUGGCGAUGGUGCAUCCAGAUGUGCAUUCCCCACCGCGUAGAAUUAGCGCCGCACAACUAGCUGAUAAUGCAACAGCAACAUCCACAACAACCACGACAACGACAACAACUCAGCUGCCACCAACCGAUGAUGAUGGGAACGAUUACUUUCCAUGGGACUCUUAUCAAACGAACUUUGUAUUAGGUUCCUUUUUCUGGGGCUACAUAUUAACUGAACUACCCGGCGGUCGCCUCGCUGAACUAAUCGGUGGACGACGCGUCUUCGGUCAUUCUAUGCUCUGGGCUAGUUUGCUUACACUGAUUACACCAUUGGCGGCACACAUUAAUUAUGUAAUGUUAAUUAUUGUACGUGUUGUAUUGGGCUUUAUGUUGGGCGCAUCAUGGCCAGCUAUACAUCCAGUUGCGGCCGUGUGGAUUCCACCAAUGGAACGUUCUAAGUUCAUGUCGAACAUGAUGGCUUCCUCUUUGGGUGCAGCUAUAACAAUGCCUGUUUGUGGAUACUUCAUUUCCAUUUGGGGUUGGCCCAGCGUUUUCUAUUUAACAGGCAGUAUUGGUCUUUUGUGGUCAAUUUGCUGGUUCACCUUUGUUUAUGAGACACCCGCCACACAUCCACGCAUCAGCUCCGAGGAACGCCGCGAAAUUGAAGAUGCCAUUGGCAGUUCGACCUCCAAGAAACGUCCAAGCCAUGUGCCAUGGCGCGAUCUAUUCAGCUCAGGACCUGUGUGGGCUAUUAUAAUUACUCAUGGUUUAUCUGUAUUUGGCUUUUUCACUGUCGUUAACCAGCUGCCAACAUUCAUGGAUCAAAUCUUGCAUUUCAACAUUAAAGAGAAUGGUCUGUUCUCCUCCUUGCCAUAUUUGGGCAAAUAUAUAAUGGCGUUCAGCUCUUCCUGCUUUGCUGAUUAUCUACGACAGCGUGGCGCACUCUCUACAACUGCCACAAGAAAAGUGUUCACCGGUUUUGCGCUGAUUUCCCCCGGCACUUUGAUGAUCGCGCAAAUAUUUUUGGGACGCGAUGCGGCAUGGUCGGUGACGAUCUUCACCUUGGCCUUAUUUACACACGGCGCCGUAACAGCUGGUUAUCUCGGUAACGGCUUGGACAUUGCGCCAAAUUUCAGCGGCACCAUUUUCGGUUUGGCCAAUACGCUCUCUUCAUUCGGUGGCUUCUUGUCGACGUGGAUGGUGGGUGCGCUGACCUAUGAUGAUAAAUCAUAUCAUCAAUGGCAAAUAGUUUUCGGUAUUCUAGCAGUCACAUACAUUUCCAGCGCCAUUGUUUACAUUAUUAUGGGCUCCGGCGAACUGCAGCCCUGGAACAAUCCACCGGAAAAGAAACGCAGAUCUGUUGUUAAUGCCGAAGAGGGUGAACCACUGAAGAACGAGAAGGCGCAAGUCUUGGAAGAUGCUUUGAAAUGAGCAGGAUACUGUGAAGUUUAGUAAAAAUUAAUGUUAAAUUAUAAAUUUAGCAUUACUUUGAUAGAGCAGCAAAAAACAACUGAUACACAAAAAAGUUUAAAGUAUUAGAGAAAUAUUUUCAUAAUACCAAACGCCUUGUAGACAACACAUUUAAAGCAUUUUUGCUUUUUAAUGUUAGGUUAUGUUGGUAGAAAAUAUAUUUGUAAUGGAAAAAGCAAUUAAGGCCAAUCUCAGUCACUCAUUUAGUUAUGUGCACCCACCUAAACGCGUAAUGCCAUAAAUAGUGAUUGAACUUACCGUUAGAGAUUCAUUAAAACUUUACUAUAAGACAUAAAUAUGUACAUGCUAUAUAUAUAUAUAUAUAUAUAUAUAUACAUA